GCUGUUGCGGAAGGCAUCCGUUGCUAUGGAAACACACACUAAUACUGACCUGUUUAUCCUCCCGUCCCACACGGCAUGCGUGUUGAGGUUAUAUUUAUAAUAUUAAUUAAUGGUUAACUCUGUCUCUGGCAGCCGGAGUGUGAAUACGCUGCAAUCUCUCGAUCUCCGCGGGCAGAGAAGAAAGCACCUCGGCAGAGGGGCAGCCAUGAACAGUACUCAAAUCAAGGGGGUUAAUUCCAGCAUUGCAUUGAGCAAGCGACCAGGAAAGUUAGAAGUACUUGACCCAGAAGAUGGCUUUUUCACAGAUACUUGUUCGUUGAUUCCUCGGAGGCAUAACUCUGAAGACUUGCCCUUUACCAACAAGCACACAAUAAAUCAUCAGAUUGGAAAAUUGCAAGUACUUGGUAAAGAAAAUAAAGAUGAGGCGGUAAUUUGUCCCAUUGGAACAACAUCACGACCAAGCAGUGCCAUAAGAAGACCAGGAUCCGCUGAAAUUAAAUGUUACUCGCCAACUAAACAGAUUUCCUUAUGUGCAGUAAAACGUUUAUCGCAAAGUGGUGAUGCUUCAAGUUCUGAUCAUAUAGAAAGACUGUCAACAGAGAUGAAUUCCAGUGGCAUUCCAAGCAGUUCCACACUAGAACCAAUUGAUAAAGGAUCUCAGUCGCAAGCAAUUCAAAAUAUAAGUAUUAAAAAGGAGCAGGAAGAAUCUAGUGAUGAAGAGGAAAGUGGUGAUGAAACUGGAGGAGCACCCACACAAUUAUGUGCAGAGUUCCUUAAUGCUGUGAUGGAUAAGGAUUAUAAAUUGGCUCAGAAGCUAUGUCAGAUGUUACUUCUAUAUGAACCAGAAAAUCCUGAAGCUAAAGAGUUUUCCCCACUAAUUGAAGAAAUGUUGCAAAUUGAAGCUCAAGAAAGUGAUACUGAAGAUGAUGAUGAUGAUGAUGAUGAUGAUGAUGAUGAUGAUGAAACAGAUGAAGAAAGCUAUUCUAGUGAAUCUAGCGAGGACAGUUCCACAGGAAACUCUGAGGAUUCAAGUGAAGAUGAAAGUGAUAAUUAGAUAUGUACUGUUAAUGUUUUCUAAUGGUGUUGGCUAUGAUAUAAGUUAGAAAAGAUAUGUUCUACCAUAAGUAUUAUACCAGUGGCACAACAUUAGGAACAGCAUGUUCUACUCUAGAUCUUUUGGUAUUCAAGGUAUGUAUAAUACUUGGGAAUCCUGGAAGCAUCACUACCUCAGCAAGUCACCAUCAUAGAG